CAUGCGAUUCAUGUGAAUUAUGGCUUCAAAUUCGAGGAGAGAUGCCCCACUAGGCUCAGGCCAUACCAUCAGACAAGCCAGUGCAGAAGACAUUCCCAGUGUCUUGUGGAUGAUUCAGCUCUUCGCUGAGCAUCGAAACGAACCCUGUGCCUUGAAGAUUGGUGAGAAAGAACUUCUACGAGAUGGGUUUGGGGAAGAGAAAUAUUUCCAUUUACUGGUGGCGGAGUUAAAUUCAGAUCCACAAGAAAGUACGUCUCCACCUGAUUUGCGAAGCUCAAAGAUGGUGAAGAAUGAGAGACUCGUUGGGUAUGCUCUCUACUUCUUCAACUACUCUACUUGGGAGGGACGAGUGUUAUUUCUAGAGGAUCUAUUCGUAAGACAGCAAUACAGAAACACUGGUUUUGGUACAGCUUUGAUGAGAGAAUGUGCCAAGGUGGCCAAGACUAAAGACUGCCAAAGAAUGGUAUGGCAGGUACUAGACAGUAACACUAAAGCCUUUGAUUUGUACGAGCGUAUCGGGGGAAAGUGUUUGCGAGAGUGGCUGACGAUCAGAAUGGACAAAAAAGAAAUGGAGAAGUUUAUCUUUAGCUCAGAAUGAUUGUGGAUUUGGUUUACAUAAAUGUUAUGUUGCCUAUAAUUAUUAAUUUUUGUUGUACCAAAGUCUAAAGGUUGAGUUGUAGGUAUAUAAACUAGACUCUAGACUGUGAUUUGAAAUUCCGCAACCACACAUUUCAAGGUUUGAUCAAUCCUUGUAACCACAAAAUUAUAUUAUUUAUUAUCCUCGAGUUAUACAA